AUGGUUUUUACAACAAAUACAGUUUCAAUAUCUCAAGGUCCUGAUCCAAGAUCAUUGAUUCAAAAAGAAAGAGCUGAAUCAAAAUUUAAUCCUCAAAAAAUGCAAUACUUUUUAGAAGGUUCAAAAGAAAGAGCUGAAUUAAUUAAACAAUUACUUCAACAAAUGGAAAGAGACCCAAUAUUAUUUACAGAUGGUUCAUAUUAUGAUUUUACAAAAGAUCAAUUAAGAGCUUUAACUGCUACCAAAAUUAAUAGAAUUUCAAGAUAUUUAGAAGGUGAUUCAAUUGAUGUUUUCAACAGAAGAUUAUCAUUAUUAGGUGUUUUUGAUCCUGCUGUUUCAACAAGAAUUGGUGUUAACUUAGGUUUAUUUAUUUCUUGUAUUAGAGGUAAUGGUACUUAUGAACAAUUAAAAUAUUGGGCUUUAGAUAAAGAAACUGCUACUAUUAAAGGUAUUUAUGGUUGUUUUGGUAUGACCGAAUUGGCUCAUGGUUCAAAUAUUAUGGGUUUAGAAACUACAGCUACUUUCGAUAAAGCAAAUGAUGAAUUUAUUAUCAAUACUCCACAUAUUGGUGCUACUAAAUGGUGGAUUGGUGGUGCUGCUCAUUCAUCUACUCAUUGUACCGUUUAUGCUAGAUUAAUUGUUGAUGAAGAAGAUUAUGGUGUUAAAACUUUUGUUGUUCCAUUAAGAGAUUCAAACCAUGAUUUAAUGCCAGGUGUUACUGUUGGUGAUAUCGGUGCUAAAAUGGGUAGAGAUGGUAUUGAUAAUGGUUGGAUUCAAUUCUCAAGUGUUAGAAUUCCAAGAUUUUUCAUGUUACAAAAAUUCUGUAAAGUUUCAAGAGACGGUGAAGUUAUUUUACCACCAUUGGAACAAUUAUCAUACUCAGCUUUAUUAGGUGGUAGAGUUAUGAUGGUUUUAGACUCAUAUAGAAUGUUAGCAAGAAUGUCAACUAUUGCUUUAAGAUAUGCAAUUGGUAGAAGACAAUUUAAAGGUGAUAAUGUUGAUCCAGAUGAUGAAGAAGCUUUAGAAACUCAAUUAUUAGAUUAUCCAUUACAUCAAAAGAGAUUAUUACCAUACAUGGCUGCUGCUUAUGUUGUUUCAGCAGGUGCAUUAAAAGUUGAAAGAACUAUUGAAGAAACUUUAGCAGAAUUAGAUGAUGCUGUUGAUGAAGAUGAUGAUGCUGGUAUUAUGAAAGCUAUUGAUGCUAUGAAAUCAUUAUUUAUUGAUUCAGGUUCAUUAAAAUCAACAUGUACCUGGUUAGCAGCAGAAUCUAUUGAUCAAUGUAGACAAGCUUGUGGUGGUCAUGGUUAUUCAGCAUACAAUGGUUUUGGUAAAGCUUAUAAUGAUUGGGUUGUUCAAUGUACUUGGGAAGGUGAUAAUAAUGUUUUAGGUAUUUCAAUUGGUAAGCCAAUUGUUAAACAUGUUAUUGCAAUUGAAGAUGAUGGAAAAGUUGUUAAAGGUUCAUCAGAUUUCUUGAAUCAAUUAAAAGAUUAUACUGGAUCAAAUGGUUCAAAAGUUAUUUUAAACAAUGCUUCGGAUAUUUCAGAUGUUAAAAAAAUCAUUCAUGCAAUUGAAAUUGCUAUCAUUAGAUUAUCAUAUGAAGCUGGUAAAACAGUUAGAAAAGAAUCAUUUGAUUAUGUUGGUGCUGAAUUAGUUAACAUUACAAAAUUAAAAGCUCAUCAUUACUUAUUAAGUGAAUAUGUUAGAAGAGUUGAUGAAUUUGAUGAUUCAGAAUUAAAACCAUACUUAUAUAAAUUAGCUCAAUUAUAUGGUGCUACAAUGGUUUUAGAUAAAUUUGCUGGUAUCUUUUUAACUUUCAAUGUUGCUUCAACUGGUGCUAUUACUGAUUUAGCUAAAAUAAAUAUUCCACAAUUAUGUAAAGAAAUCAGACCAAAUGUUGUUGCUUAUACUGAUUCAUUCCAACAAUCAGAUAUGAUGAUUAAUGCUGCUAUCGGUAAAUACGAUGGUGAUAUUUAUGAAAACUACUUCGGUUUAGUUAAACAACAAAACCCACCAAAAGACCAUAAAGCUCCAUAUUCAGCUGCAUUAGAAGCAAUGUUGAAUAGACCAUCUUUAGAACAAAGAGAAAGAUUUGAAAAAACUUUAGAAGCUGGUGAAAUUUUAUCAAAAUAA